AGUUAACAUUUCGUUUCUCUUUUCUCUUGCGUUUGUUUGUGUUCGUUUCUUUUUGUUUUGUUAACGUGAGACUUUUUUGUUUCUAAUUUUGAUAUAAAUAAGUAAAUAGAUAAGAAGUUCUAAAGUCUUGAUUUCUUUUUGUAUGAUUAUCAUUAGUAUUGUGCCUUAUCUGUAAGUUAUGUGGGCCCAUGGAAUUAAUAUCGAUUCUCGGACCCAUGAAGGAAAUUACGUUUGGUCGUUAAGCUCAGCGGCCUCAAAUGUUGUUCCAGGAGCUUCUCAUUUCCCAUACCAUGGAUUUUAUUCACCAUUUCAUCCUCCUGGUGCUGUUGAUUUCCAUUGUCAUCCAACAUGUGAUGCCUCAAGUGCAGCUUCACUUGCGACAAGUUAUGCCUUAGAAAGUGGAGGUGGUGGAGGUCGUAAACGAGCACUUUCACCAGGAUCAGAUAAUUUUGACAUAAAUUCUCUAAUAAGAUGUUCACCAAAUUCACUUCUUUCACUUGUCAAUGGAUCUCGUUCAAGAGCGAGUGGUGGUUCUUACGGUCAUUUAUCAGCAAGUUCUUUGAGUCCAUCAUUCAGUCGUCCACCAUCAGAAGCUGGUCUUCCGUCUCAUCUUCAUCCUUUCAUCAGGUCACCAAUUUUAUUACCUUCAGGACCUUCAGGUCCUGGUUCAUUAGGAUCAAAUUCAAUCUUAACCUGCCAAAAUUCAGCCUUUACACCUCAUAUUGGACUUGGUCAUUAUUAUUCAUCACUUAAUCUAAGCAAUAAUAUUGCUAAUUUUUCAGCAGCCAAUGCAAACAAUAAUCAUCACCAUCAUUAUCUUCAUCAUCAUCACAACAAUAACAACAACAACAACAAUAGUGCCAUCAACGUCCAUAAUAAUAAUAACACAAGCUCCUCAUCGUCAUCGGCUUUUACUGGUUUACUUGGUAAAAAAGGUUCUAAAAUUAUUCCUUCUGCAAGUAAUACUGCUGAUUCAUCAUCUUCUCCAUCAUCGGGUAAAAAUAACGGUCAUGAGACAGCAAGUAAUGUUGUAUCAUCGACUGUUCUGGAUAAGGAAGUUGACCGUGAUUCAUCAAACCUUAAGAAUAAUAAUAAACCCAAUAAAAGGGUUGAAAUUGAAGAUAGUAAUAUGGAAGAGAGAGAAGAUGGUGGACCUGAUCCUAAUUUUGAGACUAAUUGCCAGUGGGGUGAUUGUACUCGAGAAUUUCUUACACAAGAAGAUUUGGUUAAACAUGUUAACAUUGAUCAUAUUCAGCAAACUAAUCAUAAACGAUUGUUUAUCUGUCGUUGGAAGGAUUGUUCUCGUGAAGGUAAACAGUUCAAAGCUCAAUAUAUGUUGGUUGUUCAUGCUCGUAAACAUACCGGAGAAAAACCUAAUAAGUGUACAUUUGAAGGUUGUUUUAAGGCUUAUUCACGGUUGGAAAAUUUGAAAACUCAUUUACGAUCACAUACUGGAGAGAAACCUUAUUCCUGUGAGUUUCCUAAUUGUACUAAAGCUUUUUCAAAUGCUUCCGAUCGAGCGAAACACCAGAAUCGAACUCAUUCCAAUGAGAAACCAUUUAAAUGUGGUGUUCCUGGUUGCAUGAAGAAAUAUACUGAUCCAAGUUCACUUCGUAAACAUGUGAAAACGGUUCAUGGUCCUGAUGUUUAUGCAAAUAAAAAGCAUAAAAAAGGUAUGAAUGAUGAUGAUCAUAAUGAUGAUAGAAAGGGUAGUGGUGGUGGUGGUGUGGUGGGUGGUAAUGGUAGUGCCGGUGGCAGUGGAAGUGGAGGAGGAUCAAACAUUAACUCUAAUGGAAAUCAUCAACGGAAUAACGGUAAUAAUGGUAACCGUAGCAAUGGAGGUAAUGGUGGAAGUGGUAAUAAUAAUAAUGGCAAUGGUAAUGGAAGUAGUCAUCAUCGUAACAAUAAUAAUAAUAAUAAUAAUAACGGCACUGGGGCUAAUGACAUUAGGACCGCUAGUGGGAGUGUUAAUUGUCAUAUUAAUGGUUAUAAAGGUAAUAGUGAUUGUGUAAAUGGCCCUGGAGGCGGAGGUGACAAAGUGUUGAACCAAACAAUUAAGAGUGAAAAAAGUGAAAUGAUAUCAAGUCCAAGUUCAAUUAAUGUUCACAAUCAUUAUAAUCAUCAUAAUACUAGUAACUUAAAUGGUGAAGAUGUUAAUAUAAAUUGUGUUGGUGAUAAUCUUCACAAUAACAGUGCCAACGGAAAUUGUAUUGAACCUCCAAUUAGUGAUAAUAGUGUUUCAACUACGUGCAUCGGAAACGAUUGGUGUACACAAAAUUCAGUCGGUGGAAACAGUGUUAAUGAUAAUAAUAGUUUACCGAUUGAUUUAGACGCAUCAUCAACUGACCUUUUACCUUCAAGUGGAAUCCGAUUGAACCUUGGUAAUGGAGGUUCAAACCUAAACACCGGCGGUGUUACCACGGUGGCUUAUCGUUCACCCAACUAUUCAUCAGUUAAUUCACCAGGUAUUCCUUCAUUAACCUCACCGAUAAUUGAAAUUUCCAAUAAAGAUCCAAUGAAACCUCGAUCAUCAUUUGCCAAUAAAUUGAAAAACAGUUUCCGCUCAGCAACCAAUUGGAUACCAAAUAUUUUAAUCUCAAAAGGUCAUCAUCGUGACAAUGUUGCGACCUCCUAUGGUCUUGAUGAUGACAUAAUUAACUGUGAGAAAAUGAUAUCCAAUAAAAAGGGAGAUAAAAAAUCAUCAAUGAUAAAAUCCAAUCUAGUUCGUCAUGGAAGCACCGAGAGCAGUAUCAAUUCAUUUUAUUCAUCAGUUCUUGGAUCAGAUGCCAGUCAGCUAACAAAUGAAAGCAGUUCAAACGGUUUGACCAAUUGUAACAAUUUGACCAACACUGGUAUGGAAGGUCCUUGUAAUGGUGCCAAUCUUGCUCGAUGCUCUUCCUAUGACCCUAUUUCCCUUGGUGGGAGCAGUAGACGAUCAAGUGAUGCAUCCAACUCAAGUCUCUAUGGUUCAGGACUUGGCACUGGUUUGCCUGUUAUCCCAACAAAUGUAUCCGGUAUAUGUAAUAAUAAUAAUAAUAAUAAUAAUGCAACAACAAAUAAUACCAAUGGUAAUAUAACAACAAGUUCAAUUGGUCCGGUUGGAUUAUCUCACCAUUCAAGACUAAAAGAUGAACCAAGUGCCGUUAAUCGUCGCCCUCCAUCAAUAGUACAUCAUUUAUCUCAAACUGAUAAUCUGUUAAUUGCUCCACAAAGUUUAGCUCUCUCAAAAGCCAUGGCAAUAAGCCCAGAGCCAUUUGUGCCUUCAGCUUCACUAACAACUUUAAACAGUUCUGUUUCUAUUUCCUCAGGGGUUAAUUGUGUCUCUGGAGGUUUUAGUGAUACAGCAUCAACUCGAACCACGGGAACAACGGCUGGUUCAACGACAGGAUCAACUACAACCGUAGUAACAGAGAUUCAUUAUCCAAACGAAACAGUAAAUGUUAAUAAUAAUAAACAUUAUCCUUCAAAUAUUAUCAAUAACAACAACAAUAAUAAUAAUAAUAAUGUUAAUCAUCGUAACUGUGUUUCUGACCAUCAUCACCAUCACCAUCAUCAUCAUCAUCAUCAACCAAUCGACCAAGCAAAUCAAGAUAUCAUUUUACCCGAUGAAAUGGUUCAGUGGAUGACUGAACAAGGAUUAAUUAACCACAGUUCAAAUAUGGUUAUUAACGAUCUUAAUUCAACACUAAAUACCCUCGUUGAAGAAACCCGGUUCCUGAAAAUGUCCAUUCAUUAACCAUAAUGAUCAGCAUCUCAUUUUUUUUUAAUAUUAUAUCUUCAUAUUUAUCAUGUAAAUUAUUUUAAUGUAAAUAAUGAUUAUUUUUGCUAUAAUCUCUAAUCUCCCCCCAUUGGAUAAUCCAACACUGAUUCCAUUGAUGAUUUAAUAUCACUAUUUUUAUGAUAACAACAAAAAAAAACUUCAAAAAUCCUCUCAAAUUACAUGAAUGAUAUUUUAAAGCUCAAAUCCCUAAAUUGUGAAUUACCAAGUUUUCAUUGAUACAAUACAAUUUGUGCCUUACUCUCUGUCUCUCUCUCUAUCUCUCUCUUGAUUAUAUUUAUUAAUGCGCUUAAUGUGCAAUAAAAGAGACCACACAACAAUUAACUAAUUGUUGAGAAAUUA